UAACAACGAAAGCAAUGGUCUAAUAUAGUAAAAAGGCAUUAUUUCUACUGUUAUCAAAUAUUCCAAAUAUCUGGAUUUAUGGUGCUUGCAUUUCUAACGAUCAAGAUAUAUCCCAAAACAGCCUACACGUGCUAGAUUUACCGCCUGUCUAGAUUACGUAUGGAGCUUGUGCGGCAAAGCUAAGAAAACUAACUGCGUCAGCGGCCGCCUUACAAUUUAACAACCAACGCUACGAAAAGGGCAUCGGAACAGACGUCAAAGGGGCAUCUUCAAGCCACAGUUCAGUUUUCGCCAUAACCCCUUGCGAUCCACGGCCUUUUAUUUCUAGACCAGUAACUUUCAAAUCGCCCCCUUGAAAGUUGACCUCUCCUUGAAUUCUUCGAUCACCACAUUGUUGAACCCUGAAUCGCAAAACACGACAACGGAUCAAAAGACCCCGAACUCUUGCGCCGGCACGCGCGGAAAUCCUCAAAAAUGGGCAAAACGCGCCGUAAUGUCAAAUUUAACCAUAGGAAUGGAAGCGCAACGGGACUUGAUGGAGGACGGCGAAGCAGCUUCUCGGACAUAAGUGAGGGUUCCUCGGAGCAUACACUGGAGCAGAAGACGGGAGCUGGAGGCGAUGUUUCCAACGAGCUUCAACAGACGAAGGCGCAAGAGUACGAGAAAAAGAAGCAGACCUUCAUUACCAGAACGAUAUGGACGCUUGUCAUGGUUGCGUUCUUCUUCUUAGCUUUGGGCAUGGGACAUCUUUACAUCAUCGCCAUUGUCACAGCAAUCCAAAUCGUAUCAUUCAAGGAGGUUAUUGCCAUCGCCAAUGUGCCCAGUCGGGCGCGGAGGUUACGGUUCACAAAGUCCCUGAAUUGGUACUGGUUAGCGACCACGAUGUACUUCCUUUACGGCGAGAGCGUCAUAUAUUAUUUCAAGCAUAUUGUACUGGUGGAUAAGGUUCUUCAGCCAUUCGCGACUCACCACAGGUUUAUCAGCUUUACUCUUUAUGUUAUUGGAUUCGUCUUCUUCGUCGCAUCCCUUCAAGCCGGCCACUACCGAUUCCAGUUCACCCAGUUCGCAUGGACACACAUGGCACUCUAUCUUAUCGUUGUCCAGACGCAUUUUAUUAUGAACAACAUCUUCGAAGGAAUGGUCUGGUUCUUUUUGCCAGUGUCCCUGGUCAUUUGCAACGACAUCUUCGCAUACCUUUGUGGUAUCACUUUCGGACGUACCCAGCUCAUUAAGCUGUCCCCGAAGAAGACAGUGGAGGGAUUUGUUGGUGCUUGGGUCCUCACGGUCAUCUUCGGUGUCUUCCUCACAAAUGUGCUCAUGAGAUACGACUACUUCAUUUGCCCUGUGAACGACCUUGGGGCAAACAUCUGGACUGGACUCCACUGCAAGGUUAACCCAGUAUUCUUAACUCAAGAGUACCCGCUGCCAAUCUGGUUUCCAUUUGCUUCAUCGGUCCGCAUCGCACCCAUGCAAUUCCACAUUCUGGUCUUUGCGACUUUUGCUUCCCUGAUUGCGCCGUUUGGUGGCUUCUUCGCAUCUGGGCUGAAGAGGACCUUCAAGAUCAAGGACUUCGGAGAUUCUAUUCCAGGGCACGGUGGUAUCACCGACCGUAUGGACUGCCAGUUCAUUAUGGGAUUCUUCGCCUACAUGUAUUACCACAGCUUCAUUGCUCUUAACAACGUCACCUUGGGAGAUGUUAUUGAGACCGCCAUCCAAUUGACAGCGGAGGAGCAGAUGGAACUGGUCAAGGGGAUCAGCAAGCAUCUUUAUAACCAGGGCGUGAUUUCUGAUACGGUAUUGAGCUGCUUCAACGGCGUCACUCGUAGAUGAAAGCCCAAACUCACCACUCUUAUGACUUACGGCAAAAUACACAUAGCAUCCAAGCUCAUUGUUUCUUUUUUUUUUCAACAAAAUAUGUAUAAUAAAGGAAAGGGCUAAUUAUGCCGCUAUUCAUCCCCUUUCAAAACAUCGAGGUCUGGGAACUUGGCACUUGGCAAGCAGGCUUUCAAAAGGGCGGAAUACGACUUCCCAGCGACGAGGAAUAUUCGAGGGGACGGACAUAGGGUGAUGGGAUAUGGGAGAGAGCUGGCCUAAAGGUUGGGUAAUGUCAAAUACGCCGAGGGAGGCCAAGAUAUGUGCGUGGCCGGACUUGGUUCCCCUGCCGUUGAAUGGUUUUCAAGGGAUGAGCGGGAGAUCUCUGAGCGUGGGGUCUCGUGGUAUACUAGUAAUACCAAAGCGCAAUUGUAAAGAUGCCGGCUGUUUGUUACGUGUAUUCCCUGUCCCUCGAGCCUGAUGCAUGCUUCCAGAACGAAACCAAAGUAGCCCUUUGUCCCAAUCGCAGAAACCUGUGUACUUGUUUGUAAAUGGACUGGGAGGCAACGCACUGAAAGAUGUAUCUAUGAAACUGGGAUAUAAGUGCCAUAUCUGCAAGUGGGAGAACUAGUUUCGGGUGCUGACGCAGAGCAGACGACAGCAAGAGAGGGGUACAUGGCAUCAGAGACGGAAUCUAAAGCGAGUAAGGUGGAUAGAAGUGUGGCAAGUGCCCAUGAGAGUAAGAAUGAACGAGUCAAGGUAUCGCUUUUACCAUCCUCUUUUAGAUGUCCC